AUGUUUAUCAAUGAUCUUCCAUUAUAUGCCAAUUCCAACACAGACAUGUAUGCUGAUGAUUCGACAAUCCAUACAAGUGCUAGAACAGUUGAGGAACUCAAUAAUAAAUUAACUGAGGAUAUGACAAACGUUCAAGCUUGGUGUACUGACAACAACAUGGUAAUAAAUGACGGUAAAACGAAGGCAAUGAUGAUAACAACAUCUCAGCGCGCAGCCACAUUAAAUUCAAAUCUACGAGUAGAAUUUACCGGUGUCCAGUUAAAGAAUACCAACAAUGAGAAAAUACUUGGGGUUGUUAUGAAUGAACAUCUUUCCUGGAAACAGCAGAUUGACAAAGUAGCAAAAUCUCUAAUUAAAGGAAUUCAUCUUCUGAGACAGAUCAAAGAAUAUUUGCCUAUUGGUCACCGAGUAAUUUACUACAAGUGUUUCUUAUAACCUCAUGUAGAUUAUUGCUGUACAGUUUGGGGACAAUCAUGUCAUAUUAUUCGCAUACAUAAACUCCAAAAGUUAGCUCUGAGAAUUAUUUACGACAAACCGAAGCUAACCUCUUCUGGGCCACUAUUUAAAGCUGCUGGAGUCCUGCCUAUACAGCAAAGAGUUUGCUGAUUGGUCAAAAAUUUAUCGUUAUCGUCCAACUGAAAAAAAAAUCGCUCAGGUGAGCGAUUUUAAAAUCGUUAUCGUUAUCGUCUAACGAUAAUUUUAUCAUUUUCGUUGUUGUGUGGACACUAACACAAUUUUUUUGCCAAUUAUCGCGUGUUUACAAUUUAUCGUAUCGUUAUCGUUGUGUAGUGUGACCGGGCCUUAAUGCUACGAACAGCAAUAAUGGUAUAUAAAUCAUUAAACAACUGGGUACCCAAGUACAUAAGUGACUUAUUUGUCUUAAAGUCAUCAGUGACAAAACGAAUUACAAGAAGCGCGGAGAACAACGAACUGUGGAUACCGCGAACGAAACUAACAAUUAGGCAGAAAACGUUGAAAUUCAGUGGUGCAACAUUAUAUAACAGUUUACCACGUGCGACCAGACAAUCAACGUCAUUAAGCUCCUUUAUAAUAAGAGCCUAUAAAUACUUUUUAGAUACUUAUAUAUAAGUUAUUUGUUUGUACGAUUUUUAUAUGUUCUUGUUGUACUGAUGUCCAAUUUAAUGUGUAGUUUUAAUAGUAAAUUUGUAAUAAGUAGACGAUAACAGUUGAACAGAAGGCCCAGUGUAAGAUUAGCGUUGCUAAACUGGUUUUUGUAUAAUUGCACCUUCUUUAAAUAAAGUUUAUUAUUAUUAUUAUUAUUAUUAUUAUUGUUUCAGCUCGAAUCUGAAACUGAAUCUGAAUCUACAUGAAAUUUGAAUCUUAACGAAAAAUAUCCGGGGGCGGCUGACAUCCUAUCGUCCUUCCAUAGCACGAUUCCAAACCCUUUUCUGCGAAAAGCAGAGGGCCGUUUCUGAGCAUAUCAACAUUUCGUCAUAACUCCUAGUCAGCUAGUGAACAUUUGUUGUGAAGACAAAUUAUACUUGGUCAGUAUAUCAGUCUAAACGAACUUUUGGGAAAGUAUUAAUGCCCGCCCGGAUUUUUGAAUUCAACACAGGUUGUGUUUUGCGAAUUUUCCUGCUCAAACAACAAGUUGUUCGACGAUAAAAUAUGCGUCAUAGGAUUCUAUGAUAGUCGUAGAUGAAUGUCUUUUGCAAAAAUUACAUGGCAAUUGGUCGUCGCCGGGUGGUAAUGCAAAAAAGUUUACGUGCCUCAAUUCGGACUUAACUAUUACUUGGUAUGCCAGAAAACAAAAUACACUUGUGCUUCACGGCGAUGCAAGUUUGGCUCUAGCAAAUACGUUGAUUACAGUGUGUGGGGCACCAACUACAUCAAAUGAGUUUACGGCGAAACCGAAUGCAGUUGAGGAUGGCGAAUUAUCGGAUAAUAUUUGUAUGCCGACAAUAAGUAGUGUCAUAGAGCAAAGGCAUAACAACAAUACUAACGCGGUUACUGCUGACUCGAUUGUUGAUAUGACUACAGAAAUACCUAAUCAGUCUUUCAAGAGUGAUGUACAUUCAGAAAAGCUUAAGGUCAGAUCAAAUUCACUCCCUUGUAAUGUAGUGCAUGAUUUCGAGCACGGUUGUCAAUGCAGGCUGCUAGCAGCAGACCUUGAAGAGGUUAAGCUUGAUAUGGUGAUCAUGCAAAGAAAUAUGGAGUCUAAGAUUUUUGCAAUCGAAAAGUCGCGGGAGAGCGAAGAAAUUAACCAACUUCAAAAGGAACUAUCUAAUGAAAGGGAAAAAUGUAAAAACCUUGAAGCUGAUAUAUCAAUUUUAAUCCGAGGAAGAAAUAAAGAAGUAAACGAAUUAAAUAACACCAUUGUCUCUCUUGAAAAUAGACUUAAGUCAAGUGAGGCGAUGAAUGAAUCUUUGAGACAAUCGAUUAUGCAAAUGAAAAAUCACGCUAUAAUUGAUGAAACAAGCAUAACAUCAAUAGUCCAUAGCAUUGAUAAUCCCCUUGGGAGCUCAAGUUUCUCUGGUGUAUUUAAUUCGGACGAUCAGCCAGACGACCUUCCGUUAUGCAUUAAAAAUUUCACUACAAUUGAUGAAGCCAGCAUAACACCAGAGGCUCACUGUAUUGAUAACACCCUUGGGAGCCAGUCAGACGACUUUCUGUCAGGCUUUGAAAAUUUCACUGUAGCUGAUGGGGUUAACAUAGCCAUUGACCGAACGGAUAGUUCGCUGAAUACAUCCUCAUCGUUCAAGAAACAGCUAAAGAAAUACCGAGAGAAACAGUCUCUUGCGUUUCCCAAUAGAUCACACAAUUGGAUGAAACCUGUCCCUACAAACCCCCAAACAACAGAAUUAAAUACUUUCAAUACAAACAAGAGAAACCAGCAUUUAUCAAGGAAUACAGUCCGUAGUCGCAAAAACUUCAAAAGUAAACAAACUAAACCGAAGCGGAAUUUUCGGAAGAAACUGUCUCUAGAUCGACCUCCGGACUGGGAGAAUUACCUAGACCUAGUCAGCAAAAUUACGAGAACAUAA